UAGAACGAGCUGUCAAUCAGCUGUGGAGCGUCACUCAAGAGUCGAAGUUGAGGAAGGCUGAAGUAGCUUGCGUAACUUUUUGUUUUACACCAGCGCGCUACAAGCAACAAACCCUCUAUAUGUAAUGUAUUAGCUGCAUUAUAUGGGAGUAAAGUACGUGUGUCAGGUCGUAGCGUCGUAAGCGUCACGUGUGGAGAGUCAAGAGGGGUGACCUGCACGGAGUCCUGCCCACCUGUUGGAGGAUGUUCCGCGGCAGCCUGCUGCUGUUCUUCCUGGCGGGCGGCGCGGCGCUGGUCGCUAGCGAACACGGGGGAAACGGCACGGCAGGCCCCGCCCCCUUGCUGCUCGUGUCCUUCGACGGGUUCCGGGCGGACUACCUGCAGAAGUACGACUUCCCCAACCUGCAGAGGUUCUUCUUCUCGGAGGGGGUGCUGGUGAAGGAGGUCACCAACGUCUUCAUCACCAAGACCUUCCCCAAUCACUACAGCCUGGUGACGGGCCUUUAUGCAGAGAGCCACGGCAUUCUCGCCAGCAACAUGCACGACGCCGCCACCGGCAAGAACUUCUCCGUCGCCGACGACCGCGACCCCUUCUGGUGGAACCAGGCCACGCCCAUCUGGGUCACGGCGCAGGAGGCGGGGCUCGAGACGGCCGCCGCCAUGUGGCCCGGGACGGACAUCGCCAUCCAGAACCGCACCGCCACCCACUUCCUGCGCUACGACCCCCGCGUGACCUUCCGUGAGCGCGUGGCCAACGUGACUGGCUGGCUGGAGCGGGACGAGGCCGUCCGAUUCGCCGCCCUGUACUGGGAGGAGCCGGACCGCUCCGGCCACCGCUACGGGCCGGACAACACCACCGAGAUGGGGCGUGUCCUCAAGGAGGUGGACGAUCUGAUUGGCCUGCUGGUGGAGCAGCUCAACAGCUCGGGACUGUGGGGGCGGAUCAACAUCAUCCUGACCAGCGACCACGGCAUGGCCCAGUGCUCCCAGGACCGGCUCAUCCGAUUGGACGGCUGUCUGCACCCCGAGAAUUACACGGUGGUGGACCUGACGCCCGUGGGGGCCAUCAUCCCACUGGGUGACCCUGCACUGGUUUUCAAGGCCCUGAGCAAAUGCCACCCCAACAUGAAGGCCUACAUGAAGAAGGACAUUCCUGAUAGGCUGCAUUACAAGAACAACGAGAGGGUUCAGCCAAUCAUGCUGGUCGCAGACGAGGGGUGGACCAUCGUCCAGCACGGGAACCUCUCCCGACUUGGUGACCACGGAUACGACAACUCCCUUCCCAGCAUGCACCCCUUCCUGGCGGCGCGGGGCCCGGCGUUCGGGCACGGGCUGCAGGUCGCGGGGCUGAGCAGCGUGGACGUGUACCCGCUCAUGUGCCGGCUCCUGGGGCUGCAGGAGAGGCCGAACAACGGCAGCCUUGCCCGGGCCCGGUGCCUCCUGGCUGGGGAGUCCUGCUCGAGCCUGGCCCCGGUGCUGGGGCUGGUGGUGGGCGUCCUCCUGCUCCUCUCCACCUUCACCGGCCUCUUCAUCUUCCUCAAGAACAAGGUCCCGUCCAGGUCCCGCCCCUUCUCCCGCCUGGAGCUGCAGGAAGACGACGACGACGACCCUCUGAUUGAUUGAAAAAGGGGGCUAGGGGGGAGGAGCCUGGAUUUGCCCCGUUGGACAAUCGACAGGAGGGGGUGGUUGUCACCAUCUUCUCCGCACACGUUGAAUGAAAACGUUUUUUUUUUUUCUUCUCGAAAAAACCAAUCAGAUAAGGGCAUGGCAAUUUGCAGGAAAUAAAGAGCUCAGCACCAUAUUUACACUGUAGGCCUUAAUGUUAGGUCCGACCAGGCACGGGAAGAUGUAUACCUGGGUUUACUUGAAUUGAUUGAUAUCACCAUGGCAACGAUGAACAGGAGACAGGGAGCGUAAACGAAGCGUCGCGGCGUCUUCCUGCCACAAGGGAAACCAGACCGAAUAGGGAAGCGAAAGUGACACUUUAUGGCGCCUUGACUCUUCUGGGUACGGCUUGUUAUUUAGACUCCAGUUACAGGUCGGCGGUGAUAUUUACUCUGUGCGGCUACUGACGGGCGUGUUGUGUUGGCAUGCAGACUGCACGAUUAGACGUGUGGCACAGUCCAUAGGACGGCCAGCUCUCGAACCUCAUAUAUCCCCCCACCACCCCCCUCGGCUGCGGGUUCGAUUCCCCCAACAUGGCACUGCGAUCUCUCCUCUGUCUGUUACACUGUCUGCUGUAUGAAGCAAAACGUAAGAAAGGAGGGCUGACUGUUUGCUCUCAUUUUAAAAAAAGAGAGGAAAGGAUUUGUCUUUGUAAAAUUUCCUUGUGUUUAUUUGUUGAAAAGUGGGGGGGGGAAUUGUUAAUUUAAGUUUUAUUCACUUAAAUGUGGGUUAAUUAUUGUUUGAUUCUCAUUUUCAAAGGUCUUACUUGUUAGUGUGCAAUCUUGGUCAAACUCAAAUCUAUGCAAAGAAUGAUAUUUUUCUAAGGGUUAAGGUUAGAAUCGUUUUAAAUGCACCGAAGGGCUUGUCAUGUUUUGGUUGAUGUGUCGUUUUUUUUUGUUUGUUUAAAUGUGACUCAUCCUUGCCUUUCUGUCUGUUUGAAUUAUCAUCUUACUAGUCGUGGAUUUAUUUAUUUGCUUUGAGGUAGCGUUACGGGUACGUUUCUUGUGUCGUUGUAUAAAUUAAGACUUUUUACGUAGUGGGGAGUGUUUAAAAUCGUCGUAUGUUUGACAUUGUGAAAUAAAGGAGGUUUUUUCUCGUUAA